GUGAGUGCUUCAAGACUGUGGAAACACAACAUCUGCCGGAUUUAUCGGCAACCUGAUACGACAAUCAGGCGUUUCGCCACUCGCGUGCUUCCUGUUCUGUCCUUCCCCGAGGGUCAUCUUCUGAGAUCCCAGGGUUCUCAUUCCAGGCGGGACUCCCCUUUUGUAUUACUGAAGCUCGGCCUGUAUCACUUGAGCGGUCGCCGGCCGUCAAUCCAGCCCCAUACGGUGGUGACUGGGCCUAUAGAAUAGACCUUUGGUUGUCCCGCAGUGUGUUUGCAUUGUAUUCAUCAUGUUCAUUGGAAUCCAACACUUUUUGUCUAUACUCCUCACAUCAUGUGCCAGCGGCGCAGUGGCAACGCAAGUCGUCUUGAGCGACGCUUCCACUCAACAGCCUCAGACCGGCAAUGUCGCCCACACACUUCCCACAGACCGCACCUUUCUUCUGAAUGUACCAGCUGCCUAUAGACAUGGGGAGCUACACCCGCUGGUGCUCUCGUUUCAUGGAGCCGGGGGCUUCAGUGAGAAACAACAGCGGAUCACUGAGCUCUCCGAUCCAUCCUUGCACAUUGCAGGAAAACCAUUUCUCACGGCCUACGCACAGGGCGUGAACAAUACUGAGUGGAACAUGAGACACAUUUGGAAGGGCGCGCCGUAUGAAAAUGCUUCUGUUGACGAUAUCGCGUAUGUGUUCGACAUGAUCAAGACCAUUUCGUCCAAAUACACCAUUGACCGCUCUCGCAUCUACGCAUGCGGAAAGUCGAACGGCGGAGGCUUCACCAGCCUUCUGGCAUGCCGCCCAGACACCUCCAGCGUCAUUGCAGCAUUUGCGCCCGUCAGCCCGGCGCUUUACCAGGGCACGUAUGCCUUCCACAACUGCACCCCUUCCAGGGCUGUGCCCAUCUUUCAUGUCCACGGCAUCGAGGAUGUCAUCACCCCAUUCUAUGGUCGGACCCCCGAGGAAGGCAGCUUCGGGCCGGAGCCAGAUGUCCGGCUGUGGCGGCGGCAGUGGGCGGAGCGCAACGGGUGUGCUAGGGGCACCUACCCGGGCCAGUUCCCCCAGCCCGACAGCGUUGAGGAGGUUCACCCGGGCGCGUGGGAGGAAGUCUGGGACUGCCCAGGUGCCGAGGUCAGGACGCUGAGCGUCGAGGGCCUGGGUCAUGCGUGGCCCUCGACCAUCGGGUUGGACCUGGCUGGGCGGCCAAAUCAUACAGCAAACUUCAACCUGACGAAUCAACAUUUGGUGCAGUUCUUUUCUAGGCACUCUCUGGGGAAAGUUCCUGGUUAAUAGGCGGGGUUUUGUUGGUUACCUGGACCGACUUGAUUUUCUCCAUCUGUGAUCUAAGAGGCUAAUGUUUCCUCACUAUCUGUUGUGUUAGCCUGGGAGAACCCUCUCUGUGUGUCUCCAGCGCAUUGGAUAAUCGCUAGGCAGGGUUUAAGAACGGUAGGAUAGGAUUGGAGUGUCUGUGGUUUUCAUACGUAGCACAUUCUCUAUGCCAGAAAUUUGUUUCCUGGGUCAGUAUUCAAAUGUCUAGAACCGGAGUCAACCACUGCCCGCUUUCAUUGUUUAUAUCUUGACCAAAUGAUAUUCUAAGUUUGUAUCCACAAAGUCAC